AUGGAGGAUUUGAUAAUAUCUCCUUCUUCAUCGUCCUCUUUGGUCUCUCUGCCCCAUGAAAACACACCAACCCUCCAACAGAAGCUUCAAUUCUUACUCCAGAGUCAACCAGAUUGGUGGGUGUAUGCCAUUUUCUGGCAGACAACAAACGACGACAAUGGCAACCUCUACUUAUCAUGGGGAGAUGGCCAUUUCCAAGGAACCAAAGACACCUCUCCUAGGCUUCCCCAUCAUUACCCCAUUUUAGCAGAGCGAAUGAAGUUCAUGAAAGACAUCCAAUCUCUCAUCAACGACAACAUGUGCAAUGACGGUGAAUGGUUCUAUGUCAUGUCGUUGACUCGCACUUUCUCCGUUGGAGAUGUUUCUUCACUUCCAGCCAAGGCCUUCACUUCGGGUUCUUUGAUUUGGUUAAAAAGCGAUCAUCACGAGCUUCAAUUUUCCAACUGCGAAAGAGCUAAAGAGGCUUACGUGCAUGGGAUCCAAACUCUAAUCUACAUCCCAACCAGCAAUGGCGUUCUUGAAAUGGGUUCCAACGAUGUCAUCACAGAAAACUGGGGACUACUCCAACAUGCCAAAUCUCUGUUUGGAUCCGAUCUCAUUAUAAGCAUGCCACACAAUAAGCAACUAAACCCAAUUCAAUUCUUCGACGACCAGAACAUCUCAUUCGCAGACAUCGGCAUUAUCGCCGGCGUUCAAGAAGAAGACAAUUCCAACGUCGACGAUGUAAAGAAGAGAAAAGAAAGAGAUCCCAAUAAGAAUAAGAAGGAGUCAUCGGUGCUCAAGUUCGGGUCACGUCAACGUUCUUAUGCAGAUUCUGAACAUUCUGACUCGGAUUGUGCACUCAUGACAGAGAAAAGAGCACCGAAAAAGAGGGGGAGAAAGCCAGGUCUUGGCCGUGAAACGCCGUUGAACCACGUGGAGGCAGAGCGGCAGCGGCGAGAGAAGCUGAACCACCGCUUCUACGCGUUGAGAGCGGUGGUGCCGAACGUUUCGAGAAUGGACAAAGCUUCUCUGUUAUCGGAUGCUGUGGCUUACAUCAACGAACUCAAAGCAAAGGUGGAUGAAAUGGAGGGACAGUUGCAGAAAGAGUCUAACAAGAAGGUGAAAGUGGAAAUGGGUGACAAUAUGGACAACCAUAGCACCACAACUUCCUCCGUUGACCAAACGGGGACGAAUGGGUUUGCGCUUGAACUUGAGGUGAAGAUCAUUGGGCCAGAUGCCAUGGUAAGGGUUCAAUCGGAGACUGCGAACCACCCUGGGGCCAGGUUAAUGGUUGCAUUGCGUGACUUAGAGUUUCAAGUGCACCAUGCGAGUAUGUCUUCUGUUAAUGAGCUUAUGCUUCAAGAUGUUUUGGUUAAGGUUCCUGAGGGGAUGAGAAGCGAAGAAGCUCUUAAAUCUGAGAUUCUCAGGAGAUUGGAUUUGGAUCAGUAA